AUGGCGAGCGCUGCAACAUCCUUAGCUAUGGUUCUCGUCGUGCUCGCCGCCCUAUCCUAUGGCCUCCCUGCCACCCGCAGCGGCAUCGACUUCAUCGCCCGCACAUGCAAGAAGACCACUAACCCUGCGUUGUGCGUGGCUAUGCUAAGCGCUGACCCAAAGAGCGGCCACGCGUCCACUGAGCAUGACCUCGCCAGCGUGGCUCUGCAAAUCGCCACCAACACCGCCAAGAAGAACGCCGCGAUCAUCUGCGACCUAGGUGGUAAGUACCAGGGCAAACCCGAGGGGCCCGCGUGGGAUGUAUGUGUCAAGGCACAUGUCAUUGCCGCGGCCGAACUCAUGAUCGACGCCCGCCCCAGCUUCAACGGCGGGCACUAUGCCGACGCACUGAAGAUCGUGUCCGAGGCGAAGGGCGCAGGCAGUACAUGCGAGAACGCGUUUAAGGGGAUCCACAAAAAAUCACCCAUGGCCGACAUGGAUCGCGAGACGAUGGAGCGAUGCGGUGUCGCCGGUGACCUCAUCGGCCUGCUCGUCGCCAAGUGA